AUGGACAAAGCCACAUUCGAUCACGUCUCAGCAGUGUUAUGGGGUUCCCACACCCUUGAAUAUCACACCAACUAUAUCAAUCCGCGUACAUGGUGGAUCGAUUCUGAUAUUCGCGAGGAAGCCCUCUACUUCGCAGAUUUAGCCCGUAGGCUUCGUAUAGGGGCUCCGCAAAUAUCGAGCAUACCUGGGUAUCAUCACCCCAGUAUCUUCCGUGACGAGGAUUACCAUCAAUCUAUUCAUCGGCAAGGAUAUCCUGGAUGUUGGCCGCUCGGAGACCUCCCUGCGGUGUCUCCUGCAGCGGAUCCGUAUGGUAGGAUGACGUAUCCAGGUUGGCCACCACAUGCCAAUAGGCCAGUGGAUGUCAGCUUGGGUGGCUUUCCCCGUCAGCCCGAAAAACAUUCGUUCAUAAAUGGCCCAGAGAUGCCGAAUCACCCUCAAGGGGCGCCCCGCGCUCCGAUUUAUCGUCGUCCCAGCAUGGAUUUCGUUCCUGGUGUUCCACAUCCAUUUGUUCCACCUGUGUUCCACAAUGCUGCAAAGAACGAUUUCGGGCCGGCUCCUCCACCGCUCGUUUUGUGGGGCACGAACGGGCCUGCCUACCAGCAUACUACAUGCGCCAACAAAUCCGGCUACUCAAAUACAGGAUAUUUGGGGUACGGCGGUAAAUAUCCAUUCAACGCUCUGGCGACUGGGGAACUGCCUGACGAAGAGUUCGUUGCGCCUAGUACGGCCACCUGCUUCACCGGUGAACACCAAUAUGCCAAUUUUGCUGAAGUUAGAGAGAAGAGUACGGGGAUGGCGGGAUCUUCAGAGGCGUUAUCGGCUCCUGAUGUAAAGAGUCUUUCCAUUCCUCUUACAAGUGGUCAGGCCUCCCGGUUUCAUGCCGAGGUGCCUUUACAUCCGAAGGUCCAGGUGCCGACAGUAGCUCGCGAGGGAAGCUACUUUCGCACUACUACGGUCGAAGAUCACCCUGAGGAUAGCUCUGAUGAGGGUUAUGUCAAACUUUACACGUCAUCGACGGUGGAGGAGACCAACAACGAAGCAGGCUUCGAUGAGAGCAUGAAAGAUUGGUUCUGGUUCGGUGAACAAGCCGCCUGA